AUGCUGUGUCCGGCGCUGCUCGCUGCCGCUCUGCUGCUCCUCGCUCCUCUGGAGGUCUGCGAGGCGCGAGCUCUGCAUCCCGCUCCUGAUGCUGCACAGUUCAUGGAGCAGUUCCUGGAGCGCUACAACGACCUGCUGACCCUGGACGACCUGGAGAACCUCCUCAGCAGCUCCGCCGACGAGCAGUCCACCUUCUCCUCCGGCACCAAGGCCGCCGACCCGCCCAAGUGGGCCGACGCGGCGCCGGACACACCGUGGCUGCGUCUGCUGAAGGGCGCGCUGGCCAACCAGAAGAGAGCGGAGCCGGAGCGGUCACGGAGGGGGUGGAACCGGGGCUGCUUCGGGCUCAAACUGGACCGGAUCGGGUCGAUGAGCGGACUGGGCUGUUAGUGGACGCAGAGCAAAGACUGGAGACACACUCAACCGCUUCUGUGCGUAGUCUGGUGUAAACGUGCUGCUGCUGCUGCUGCUGCUGUGGUUGUAGAACUUCAUGUUAAACUGGUGUUAGAACCUCCGAGCUCCGGUUCCGCUCAUCCUCCAGCUGGGUUCGGCCUCCUGUGCAUCUGUAGCUUCGUCCGCGUGCAGUAACUGUUAGACAUGUUGUGUUUUGGGGGGUUUUGUGUGUAAAAAUGGAUUUCUGGGCACCUGUAGUUCCUGCACAUUAUUUUUCUGUUUCCUUAUGAUUUGCAUGAAUAAAUGGAUUUGACAUUU